UCUCAACUUGAUUGGAACAACACUUAUCAAUAGACUUUGUUAAAAUGAGAAAAAAGCCUUUUCAAUGUAACUUUGUUGAAAAGAAUUUGUGUCUGUAUAUCACUUCCCAAUGGACUUCAGAAAUAAUAACAUGACAACAAUCCUAUGGAGAUUUUUGGGUUUGUCUUCAACAGUUGUUGGAUUUCUUUGUUAUGCUUUAAGCUCUUCCUUCACUCAUCUAUUUGGAGAGUGGAAUUUGUUGAAAAUAUUUCUUUACAGCGUUUUCAGUUUAAUCAUUUGUCUAAUGAUUUUAUUUGCAAACACGUGGCAAAACUCAAGAAGUCUUCGAUUCAAAGCUCAUUCGGCAUUUCUGGUACUGACAAUUACCUCUGUCUAUUCAUUUUUCUCUGAUAAAGUUAUAAAUAGAAAAUCAGAUGCAUAUAGUUUAAUUUCAUAUGCUGCCUUUGCUCUCAUGUCACUUAGUUUAUCGAGACAAACUCAGUGCGGAUUUGAAGUUGAUCUUAUGUACUUUUAUCUGGGAUGUUUAAUUGUACAACUUAUGAAGAUUAAUUUGCAGUUAGCUAUUGUUGGAGUUUGUUAUAGCUAUUGUCUUAUUAUUCUUCGUUCUUCUUUUUCUUCGUUAAAUGUUACACAAGAAACUCAAUGUCUUGGACUCGAAGAACAACAUGUAGUCAUUCAAGUUGAUUCACAACUAUCUGAAAAUAUCAAGCAAAGAUUCUUGACUUGUAUGAACGAGCUUAAGAAAAACAAUACAAAAAUCGGUAAGAUGCUUUUGCAGAAGGUGAAAGGUAACUAUAAAUUGUUUGUGACGGACCAUAACUUCAUAAUUGAUGCAAUUUUGCCUGAAACAAUCAACAACCUUCAUGAAAUGGCGAAAUUGAUGUUCGAUGCUGGAUUUGAGAGAGAGUGCUAUGAGAUUUACAAUUGUUAUCGCGAGGAAUGGUUGGAAGACUUGUUAAUAAAUAAGUUAUUAGCAUUAAGAAAGAUGGGAUUUCAAGAUUACGUGAUUGGAAGAUGGAUUAAAACUUCCAAGGUUGCUCUUAAAAUACUAUUUCCGAGUGAGCGUCAUCUAUACAACCGUGUCUUCUCAGAAUCCAACUCUGCAUCAUCUAAUCUCUAUUUCUCGAGGAUUUGUAGUGGAGCAAUGAUUCAGCUACUGAAUUUUUCUGUUGCAUUUGCAAAUAGAAGCCCUUCAGCGUGGCGUUUGUUUAAAAUCCUCAACUUGUUUGAGACGUUGUGUGAUUUGAUUCAUGACUUUGAAUCAUUAUUUCUAGAUCGGUUGGUGAGUGAAGCAAUACAAGUCAAGAAUAGAUUGGGUCAAAAAAGUAGAGACAUUUUCAUGGAAUUUGGGAAUCUGAUCUUUCUUACACCAGACGUGGAGUUAGAUUGUUGGGCUGAUGGUGGUGUUCAUCCAAUGACCUGUGAGGCCACUGGCUACAUCGUUAUGGCUUUUUGGUCACGACAACAUCUGGAGAAAGUAUUACGCGAAUAUCCCUUCGUUUUUGAUGGAGUAAAAACAUAUUCUUUAUUCUAUUCGCAAAUGGAGCUAAUAAUGGAGCAGUUUGAGAAAAAAUUGGAAUUUAAGUCACAAAUUUACGAGGAACCUGCUUUGCGUUACUUUUUCAUGAUGAAUAAUCUAAGUCAUAUUGAGUAUAGAUUGGAAAGCUUUUGGGAUCAUAAGUACUUGCAUAAAAACACGGGUCAAUACUUUGAACUCUAUUGUAGAAACUCGUGGAGCAAGGUGAUUGAUUUUUUGAAGAUGGAUGUCAAUGAGUCAGUUACGUGUAACUUUGAAGCAAAUUCAAUGAAAGACAAUCUUAGUUUGUUCAAUCAGAAGUUUAAGGAGACGUGUGGAAUUCAGUGUACAUGGCGUGUUUUUGAUGAGAAGCUAAGGAAUCAAAUAAAAACUUUCCUCGAAAUGAAGUUGUUGCCAGCAUAUGAAAACUUCAUUGCUAUGUUUGAGAAUGUUGUUGGUAAAAAUGCAGACGAGUAUAUCGUGUAUGGAAUGUCUGACAUUCAAGAUGAACUCAAUCAUUUGUUUCUGUUAGAGGAAGUUGAUUGUGUUAGACAUGAUUUGAUGAAAACCAGUUAGUUAGUUAGUUAGUUAGUUAGUUAGGGUUGGUUAAGAUAGCUACUACAGAAAUGCUAAUUGAAGCACUUCCAAUCAAUACAAAUUUUCAUAAUGUAUAUUAUAUAAUAAUAAAGCUGUGAACUCUUGUAUUGCCUUUCUUGCAACAUCUAUAUUUUCUGAC